UCUCUCUCCCAAAUCUCUCUCUGUGGCUGCUGCAGCUGUUGUUGUUUCAGACUUUGAGAAACAAAACUGAAACUGCGCAUCGCCUUCUCCGUCAACUAACCCCUUUUCAAAUAAUCCGCAUCUUUAGAUUUUCACGUUCUAUUCUUCCUAGGUUUCUUCGUGAAUCCAACAUCUUCUCUGCAUUCUCUCCUAUAAGUCCAGCAAAUAGCCUAAUUUGAUCGGAACCCAACAAUCUCCCGGAUUUCUAUUUCCCAGAAUGGCUGUUAAUUCUUUCCAUCAAUCCGUUGGAGGAACACUUGAGUUUUCUCGUAAUUUAAAGUCUGGAUAUCAGACAAACAAAGGCAACGCUUCUUUAAAAUCGAUCUCCAAUUCGAAAGGUUUCCUGCUUCAUAGUAGAUUGUUCCUGAAGACAGGAGAAUCAAACUACUGUACCCAUGAGAGGAAAUCUUCUGUUCUUCAUGCUUCAUCGUAUCAAACCACCACAAUUACGGAUCCAGUUUCAUCCCCAUCACAUAACAAUGAUGCUGCUGCUACCUCUGCAAAAAAGUCAAGUGAAGCAGCGUUGAUCCUUAUUCGACAUGGUGAGUCUUUGUGGAACGAGAAGAACUUGUUCACGGGUUGUGUGGAUGUGCCAUUGACAAAGAAGGGUGUUGAAGAAGCGAUUGAAGCUGGGAAGAGAAUCAGCAACAUACCUGUCGACAUGAUCUACACUUCUGCUCUUAUUCGUGCCCAGAUGACUGCUAUGCUUGCCAUGACUCAGCACCGUCGCAAGAAGGUUCCAAUAAUAAUCCAUGACGAGAGUGAUCAGGCAAGAUCUUGGAGUAAGGUUUCGAGUGAUGAAACUAUAAAGCAAUCCAUCCCGGUUAUAACUUCUUGGCGGCUGAAUGAGAGAAUGUAUGGAGAAUUGCAAGGUCUUAACAAACAGGAGACAGCAGAUAGAUAUGGGAAGGAACAGGUUCAUGAAUGGAGGCGUAGCUACGAUAUACCUCCACCUAACGGUGAGAGCCUGGAAAUGUGCGCAGAAAGAGCUGUUGCUUACUUUAAGGAACAUAUUGAACCUCAACUUAUGUCUGGAAAAAACGUAAUGAUUGCUGCCCAUGGGAACUCGUUAAGGUCUAUCAUCAUGUAUUUGGAUAAACUAACAUCUCAAGAGGUUAUUAGCUUGGAAUUAUCUACUGGAAUACCAAUGCUUUACAUAGCCAAAGGUGGGAAAUAUCUGAGAAGGGGAAGUCCUGCUGCACCAACUGAAGCUGGAGUUUAUGCUUAUACUAAGAACUUGGCUUUGUACAGGCAAAAGUUGGAUGAGAUGUUCUAAUAUGGAUGUUCUUGGAUCAAGUCAGUCAAAAACUUUUUUAUUUCUUUUUGUUGUGGACGAUGAUAAGGUUGUUAUCUGUGUUCGGAUGUGAAAAUGUAAGCAGUAUUAGAUUGAAUGAAUGAAUAAUAAGACAUUGCGGCUUAAAAACUGUUAAAUUGUCAAUCAAUUUAGAAAACCGCCAAACCUAAAAUUGAACAUUGGUUAUUUUUUGUUUGGUAUUAGAUUAUUUAUGAAUCAU